AUAACACAAAGAUCAUGUCUUAAUACGUUAAAGACUUUCCAGCGGCAAAGCGCACUCAAGGUCGAGAAAUGAGUCGACCCUACGAAACCAGCGACGGAUGGGGAGGGGUGGAUGCUGUCUGAGACUGAAUGUAACUGUGGCAUUGGCGUCAUGGUAUGACGUUUUCAGCUGACCUUGUUUUUUGUCAGUUACAGAGUGUCUAUCCAUAAGGUAAGGAGGAACAGGCCGGUCGCGAUCAGGUCAAUGACCCAUGACCUUCAGUUGAGUCAUCGUCACUCAGACUUACAAAGUCUACUAUGCUGUUAAAGUCAUACAUGCAUGUUGAACCUCAAGCACUAGCUAGAUUAGUCUUUACCAGAAUAGUAAUAGGGGAAUUUGGCUAAGUUAGGAAUAAAAGUCUAGUAGGAGAACUGACCGGCCGGGAUAGUCACUACAAAGGCUGACUGACUGUAGCGGACCAGGCUACAUAACAUUGUGGGACAAAAGUGUGAUACAUACACAAUUAUGGUUUUUUUUCUCACCUUGUGCGUAACAUUAUUUCCUGCGGUUAUCGAAACAACCUAAGAUAUAUCGGAACAAGUUUCAGUUUGUCAUGAUAUAAAAAUGAUUGCACAACAUCAUUACGAAGAACGCUAACAUAUUAGUCAUAUGAUAGGGGUGCCAUAUCAUUAAAGCAUGACGACGCACGAGUGUACUAUUUAUGGUAAAGUUACAUGCAGAACUGGUAAAAUAAGAAACGAAAUUUUUUCAUCAUCGGACGAUCUUCGGAAAAUACGACGAGCGUAGCUCUCCGUACAGCGGCUCACUCACUCUCCAUACUAUGUAUAUCUAAUAUGUUAUAAUGAAUUCUCGCAACGUUGUUUUCACCAUUUCCUUCGUCUAUAACAAUCCGUCUGUUUCUUUCGGGUACAAGUACAAGUAAUUGCCGCCCGCCUCAGUGUGUGCAAAAAAACGCUGUGAUGACGAUGAUGAUGAUGAUGAUGAAGUACUGCUGACCCUUAGCGGACGCUGACAGACUUGACGGAGAUGUCCGCUGCAGAGGAAGGUACCGGAACUGUCCGCUCACAGGAGUUCUACGAGCCGUUUCACGCCGAGAAGAUCCUGGCGGGCUUGAAUGAGCUGCGGGCCGACGGGAACUUCAUCGACGUGCUGCUGCUGGUGAGCGGACAGACCCUGCCCUGCCACCGCGCCGUGGUCGCCUCCUGCUCCGCCUACUUCCGCGCCAUGUUCUACACCGGGAUGAAGGAGAGCCGACAGGAGGUUAUACAGGUAGACGGGAUCUCGGCUGAUGCUCUAGCACUGCUGCUGGACUACGCCUACACAGCAAGACUCGUCAUCACUCAGGAGAACGUCCAGCCGCUCCUGGAGGCCGCCAAUUUCCUCCUGUUUCACGAGGUGAAGGAGGCCUGCGUGUCUUUCCUGGCCAAGGAGCUGGAUCCGUGCAACUGCCUGGGGAUCCACCGACUGGCCAGGAUCCAGGAUCUGGAUCGCCUUGCGGACGGCGCCCAAACCUUCGCGCUGAAACAUUUCACAGAGGUCUCUGUGCAGGAGGAAUUCUAUGAGCUCUGCAAAGACGACCUCAUUCAGUUGAUUUCGAAUGACGACUUACAGGUUGAAGAAGAGACGAGUGUGCUGAGAGCUGUGCUGCGAUGGGCUGAGCACGAUUCCGUCAGCAGGGAGGAAGAGUUGGGGGAAAUUUUAAGGCACGUCCGACUGGAGACAAUUCCUCCCAGUGAACUGCAAGGCGUUGUAGAGAUGGAACCUUCGCUGAACAGAGGUGAUAUUCGGGACGUGCUCCGUGAUGUAGUUGCAGAGUACUCUGGUACGGACGAAACAAAAUUACGCUCACGAAAAACUGAGAUGAUGUUAGUAGUCGGGGGGAAUACAGGUGAGCCGCACCCUGACGUUUACCUGUUCGAUCCCUGCGAAAACACCUGGACGGCUUGCGCUCGGUGGGCCGGGUACGAACGUCAUAGCUACGUCACGACGCCCCUUCUUUAUUCACUAAUGAUUUCAGUAGAGCAUUUCCCUUGA